AUGGCCUCGAACUUCGAACCGCUGUCUCGCACAACUUCGGGCGAGUCGGAGCGGUCCCAGUCAUCGUUCAAGCUUCUACAGAGGGCUCCAUCGUCCCAACACAAGGCUCGACAUGCUGACCUAGAGCCUUCAUCUGGUGAUGUCGAGCGCGCCAGUCUCUCCAUGCCACCGCCCGCUCUCAAGCCCGUCCCGCGGCAACAAGGGGUUAGCUCCAACUCUAUCAGGAGUGUGGAUCAAGAAAUCAUGGGCUCCAUCAGUGGUCAGCAAGAAGAAGCAAAGCUGCCGCGAGCUGGUGUGACUACUCAUGGCGAUCCAGCUGGAGAUUCUGGGAUUUUAAGCCCUCUCGUGCCAGAUCCCGACAGCCAGACUGCAAGCACGAGCAAGAGACGAUCUGAUCCGGGGCUCGUCGACAUGCAUCUCAAGAAGAUCUCACUGCCUCAUGGCAAGAGCGCUCCCAGCUCUGUCGUGGGAAGCUCCGACCAGGACGGUGUGCUUUCCCAUGUCAACGCCCCUGCCGUCGAAGCUGACGAGCAAGCAGCGCAAGCAGACAGCAGCAACAGAGCCACCACUGCUACACAGCAUCUAUCUGUUACAGCGCAGAGCCAGAACGGCGCUCUAUCACCAUCACUAGACAGCUCGCUUAAGGAAGCACAAUUCAUCAGCACGACCGCACCAUCUGUUACCUCAGCCAGCUCAUCUGUCACCGCUCCCACCUCUCCUACGCCAGGAUUCACCAGGGAGAGUCGACAGAGUCGAGGUCGUAUGCCUGUUCCAUCUCGUCGCAUUUCUACAAGCGGUCCGAGCAGCACAUCAGCUUCCAUGGAGCGGCCAACUGCAGAGAAGAAUCCAAACAGGAUCGGCACCAUCGGCAUCUGCGCCCUGGACAGCAAGGCGCGUAGUAAGCCCUCGCGCAAUAUCCUCAAUCGUCUCAUGGGCAAGGACAACGACUUCGACGUGGUAAUAUUUGGCGACAAAGUCAUUCUUGAUGAGAACGUCGAGAACUGGCCGGUGUGCGACUUCUUGAUCAGCUUCUUCAGCGAUGGAUUCCCACUUGAGAAAGCUAUUGCCUACGCAAAGCUGAGACGACCGUUCUGCGUGAACGACGUGCCGAUGCAGACCGUGCUGUGGGACCGGAGACUAUGCCUGAUGAUUCUGGACCAGCUCGGUGUUCCAACACCAGCCAGACUCGAAAUCAAUCGUGAUGGCGGACCAGUGACGCUCUCCAUGGACAUUUCACAGCGGAUGUACCAGCUGACCGGGGUGAAAAUGACGGGCUCUGAAGGCCGUGGUGGCGAUCUGCCGCCUCCCAGGGACAUCCACAUGGAGGACGAUAACGACACACUCGUCGUCGAUGGUCAUCGAUUGACCAAGCCGUUUGUUGAAAAGCCCGUCAGCGGCGAAGAUCACAACAUCAACAUCUACUACCCGAAAUCGCAAGGUGGCGGUGGUCGAAGACUCUUCCGCAAGGUCAACAACAAGUCAAGCGAGAAGGACGCGACACUGAUAAUACCUUGCGUGAUUUCCGACUCGGAGUCCAGCUAUAUUUACGAGCAGUUCCUUAAGGUGGAAAAUGCAGAAGAUGUGAAGGCUUAUACGGUUGGGCCUGACUUUUGCCACGCUGAGACCCGCAAAUCUCCUGUCGUCGAUGGAGUGGUUAAGCGGAAUCCCAAUGGAAAGGAAGUGCGAUAUGUCACGUCACUCACAAAGGAAGAGCAGGUCAUGGCUGCUAAGAUCGCAUCUGGCUUCGGCCAGAGAGUCUGCGGAUUUGACUUGCUGCGCGUUGGCGACUCGAGCUACGUGAUCGAUGUCAAUGGCUGGAGCUUUGUGAAAGACAACAAUGAAUAUUAUGACAAGUGUGCCAGCAUACUGAAAGCCAUGUUCAUACGAGAGAAGCUACGCUGGGGAGGCCAACCCACACCGAGCGAGACGGAUGACAAAGAGUACAGCUUCCCUCCUACCAGCGCUCCAGACAACGCCAGCGGCACGAAGAAGACCCAGGCUAGCAAGGUCGACGUUGAGCGAGGGAACCAUCGAAAUACUCUCAAGCAAGUUCUCAGAUCUCGCAGUAUCUCUCAGCUUCGCGAUCAUGUCAGUCACGCUGCGCACAAGGUGGGACAUCCUGCCUCAGCACGCAGUCCGAGCGGUACAACAAGUCCCAUAACCUCGCCGCCCACGCUUGAACGUGCCUCCAGCUGGCAAAAGAUCCCACCUACCUCCGUCCCGAAGCACGACUCUCUUCCACCCCCAGUUGCUUCGCAUCUGAAUGUAAGAGGUGUCAACUCGCCGGAGAGACCAGCAUCGUCUAGUGAAUUGGAAGAACCUCCGACGGAGGUAGAGGUGCCGAGUGUGCUACCGGCGCCAGCUUCAAAAUCGCAGUGGAAGCUGAAGGGCAUGGUGGCAGUGAAGUUCAAGUUCACUUUCCACUCGAAGCCUUUCGUCGACUUGUUGAAAGGUCACCAAGAAGAGGUUCUGCUCGUAGGCGAAGCAGCCUUGAAGUCAGUGCAGGUGGCUGUCAAAGAGGCACUCAAUGGAGGGCUGGAAGACGCCUCGAAGCUCAAAAUACUCCAAAACGCUUUGGCCAAGAAAGGCGCAUGGCCCGGCACGAAGGUUCAGAUCAAGCCUAUGUUCAAGAAGCCCAAGGAUGGCAAAGAUGGUGCAGGCAAGGAGCAGAAGAAGAGCAAGCAUGAGAAAGAAUCAAACGCAAACGGUGGUUCUGAGCCCAUAGCUGGCUCCCUGAAUCAAAGCGAGGUCGAACCAGGGAAACAACAGAUUACCGCUGAACCAGAGUCUCAGACCGGCACCGAUCAAAGCGGCUCAUCGCCAUCACAGCAUAGGAGUAACUCGGUUGGAGAGGUGACGCUUUCGCGAGCUGCAGCCGCCGACAACAAUCUGGUCCUGGACAAGUUGCAGCUGAUUAUGAAAUGGGGCGGUGAGCCAACACACUCUGCUAGAUACCAAGCGGCAGAGCUGGGCGACAAUAUGCGCAACGAUCUGCUUCUGAUGAACCGCGAUGUUCUCAACGAUGUCAGAAUCUUCACCUCUUCUGAGCGUCGCGUCACCACUUCCGCUCAAAUCUUCGCCGGCACAUUCAGAAACGAGAAGGACGUGGAUGAUCAUCACAUCCGUGUUCGUAAGGACCUUCUGGACGACUCAAAUGCAGCCAAAGAUGAGAUGGACAAGGUCAAGAAGAAGCUCAAAGGGCUGCUGCGACAGGGCUACGCUGUACCGGAGCAGUUUGCAUGGCCGAAGAACACGCCGGAGCCUUACGUUGUUGUCCGCAAUGUUGUCGAUCUGAUGAAGUUCCACCGCAGAGUCAUGCGGAAUAACUUCGCGAAGCUACAGACAUCGGAUGCUGUCAGUGCUCUCGAGCGAGUAAAGAGUCCUGCCACAAGCAGCGCAGACACUGACUUCACGCUUUCAAAUGGUGGACCACAGCCCCCGAACUCUGCCUCGUCUGUCCAAUCUAGGUGGUGCACGGGCGAAGACGCCGAGCUGUUUAAGGAACGCUGGGAGAAGCUCUUCAACGAAUUCACGGACCCCGAGAAGGUGGACCCCAGCAAGAUCAGCGAGCUGUAUGAUACGAUGAAGUUCGACGCUUUGCACAAUCGCCAAUUCCUGGAGUGGAUCUUCACGCCCAGCCAAAGCAUCCUGCUCGAGGAAGAAGGCGGGGAUGCGAGGAAACUCACACGCACGGAAUCGGUCGUUGCUAGAGAGGAGUUUGCGCAGACCCACAACGGUAUUCAGCCGACAGACGACGCCAAGGGUGACCACGAGAUCAAGAAGACGGACAAGUCUUCGAGGAGUGGCACUGCGAGCACCGCAUCCUCGAACCUCGGACCGUCCGUUGAGAAGGAGCGGCAUUCGCUAUCGCACAAAAUGGGCAUCAAACGGCGAUCUGCUGAUAUCAAGACUGCUGCCCGCACAGCAAUGGCUGGAGAGAGUGCUGAAGAUUCGUACUUCAAUCUGUACAAGGGCACUGGGACUGCGGCGGAGUCCAAGCUGAGGAGCGACAUCCGCCUUGAAAAGCUGAACGAGCUGUACGGCUUGAGCAAGGUCUUGUUCGACUUCAUUGGACCGCAAGAGUACGGCAUCACAGAUUCCGAGAAGCUCGAGAUUGGCCUCUUGACCAGUUUGCCUCUGCUCAAAGAGAUUGUCACAGAUCUUGAAGAAGUGCAGGCAUCUGAUGAUGCCAAAUCAUUCAUCUACUUCACCAAGGAAUCGCACAUCUACACGCUUCUCAACUGCAUCCUGGAGGGCGGCGUCCAAACGAAGAUCGCUCGCAAUGCUAUCCCUGAGCUCGACUACCUCUCGCAAAUCUGCUUCGAGCUGUACGAGUCCGAGAACGCCGAAGCAGACAUCGACCCAUCGAACCCAGAGUCCAAUUUCAACUACUCUAUCCGCAUCUCCAUCAGCCCCGGCUGCCACACUUUCGACCCGCUUGAUGUGCAGCUGGACAGCAAACACUGCAUCGGCAACGCGCCAAGGCGCACUCUGACGCCGCACGGGAACUGGAAGGAUGUGCUGGAGACACUGCGAGCGAAAUUUCACACUGUGAAGCUGCCGAAGAGCUUUGUGGCGAUCAACCUGUCGGAGAAGAUUCCGCAGGAGUUUGCGAAGGGUGAGCCUGGGACUGAGGAGGAGGAUGUGGUGACGCCGGCGAGUCCGAUUGCGCCUGUACACUGA